CAUUGACUGAAGUCCGUCAGUUGCCACUAAACACUCACUGCGUAUUAUCUAAAAAUUGUCUAAGUCGUGGGACUUUUAUGGAACGCAGUCGGCGGCAACCUGUGCAAAGCAGCGCAGCUGCGAAGGCUAAAAGCGCGCUUGAACAGCUACGAGCUGCCCGCGAGGGUUCGGGCAAGCGUGCCCUCACAUAUGAGGUCAAGGAAGAGGACGCUGUCUAUGAUGUCGUUGAUGAGCAUCAGUACGCGGAGAUUGUGAAGAAGCGGAGAGAUGCUGGAGCUUUUGUUGUCGAUGACGACGGGACUGGAGGUUAUGCGGACAUCGGAGAGGACGACUAUUGGAACGAACGACCCGACGGCGAGGACGGUGAGGAGGAUGAGGGCGAACAGGGCUCAGGCGGCAAGCAUGCAAAUAAGAAGCGAAAGAAGGAGCACGCCAAGGGCACCUCUAAGCGCAAGCCCGGAGAGGGCGACGACGGGGUCCCCAAGCCCGAGGGCGGCAACAUCACCACCAUGUUCCGCAAAGCCAGAGCUUGGCUUCCUUACCUCCUCCCUUCUAUUUCCCCACACCGGAAGCAGCGCUCUGCCGCUGGGGCCGCCAAGCCCACCGAUGCGUCCAGUGACGAUGUGCUGGACUCCAUCCUUGGGGACCUUCUCCCGGAUGUGGGGGGCCCCGCGACGGCGGGGGCCAUGGGCGGGAUGCCGCGGGGUACACCAGCCACGGCGCUGGGUGCCUACAGCAAGCCUGCGGUCGUACGGCCAUUGCACAUGCCCGUUGGGGCUACACUUCGGCCCGGCGGUGGCGGUGGCAGUGGCGCGUACGGUAACACCGUACCCGCACGUGUCGGCGGCCUGCCAGCCGUGGCCGCGAUGACCUCAGACACCGCACCGGCUGCGCCGGUAACAGCAGUCGACAGUGCAACGACAGCACCUGCAGUAGAGGCGGCGGUGACACCCUUGCCUGUGAAGCAGGAGGAAACGCAGAACGAGGAGGACGAGCACAUGCCGGAUGUCGGAUACCCGGCUCCGCUGCCAGGCGAUGCCGGCGAUGCCGACGGCGAGCCCCUUCCAGCGCCCUCACCCCUGCCGGACUCCAGCACCCCGGGGUCCGCUCCGGGGCCUGGGACCCUGCCACUGGACAGCAAUGGCGUAAUGCCGUUCUACAUGUUGGAUGCGUACGAAAAUCCUGAUGUUCGUCCAGGUGAGGUGCUCCUGUUCGGCAAGGUGGAGUCUGAGGGUCGUUGGCUGAGCUGUGCCGUGUCAGUACGGGGGCUGCAGCGCUGUCUGCUGGUGGUACCCCGGCCCGAGGUGUUCGAGGACGUGGACGGAUCCAUCGCCCGAUUGGAAGCGGCCGUGAAGGAGGACCCCUCCCGCCGGGUAGAGCUCAUCAAGCUGCUUCAGGAACGGUGCAGCUCCGUUCGGGAGGAGGUCCGCGGUCUCCUCACCCGGGCGGGGGUGGGCUCCAUGCGUAUGGUGCCCGUGAAGAGAAGCUAUGCAUUCGAGGUCAAGGAUGUGCCCCACGGGGAGCAGUGGGUCAUCAAGGUGCGCUACCCCGCCCACAUGCCCACCGUGCAAAGCCCCACUGGGGGGCCCCCGAGUGGUCGUACAUUCGUGGCCAUCUUCGGGGCGCAACAGAGCUGCCUGGAGGCUCUGCAGCUCAAGCGGCGAAUCAAGGGCCCCGGCUGGCUGGGCGUUUUUCAGCCCCAGCGGAUUGAGUACGGCAACCAGGCGACUUGGUGCAAGGUUGAGGUGGUGGUGGAUAGCGCCAAGAAGUUACUCAGCGGUGACAAGGGACUGUCAGCCGAUGUGGCGGUUCGCAAGCCCCCGCCACUGGUGGUGGCCUCACUCAGCUUAAAGACACAAAUCAACCGCACAAGCCACCAACACGAGAUCGUCGCUGCCAGUGUGGUCCACUUGUCGGAGGUGUCCCCGGACGCCCCCCUGUCCACCGGGGAGUGGGGCAACCCCGCAAGACUCAGGAACUUCAGCAUUGUACGACGACUGGAUGGACAGGCCUGGCCACAUGGCAUGGAGCCUGCCGCUGCCGCCGAGAACGCUACUCCGCGGGGUCGGGCCAACGGUGGCAACGUUAUCUCCCUGCAGGCUUCGGAGCGCUCUCUGCUCACGUGCCUGCUGGCCAGGUUGCAGUCUCUGGACGCGGAUGUGUUGGUGGGCCACAACAUCGCCGCAUUCGACCUCACCACCUUGCUGACACGCAUGCAACACCACAAGGUCCCCCUAUGGAGCCGCAUUGGUCGUGUGAAGAAGACGGAGUUCCCGCGCCUGACUGGAGGGGGGCACAGCUUUGGAGGGGGGGCGGGGCCGGGUGUCAUGUCCACCAUCGCGGGUCGGUUGUUAUGUGAUACGUACCUGUCAGCUCGUGAAUUGGUCAAGUCGGUUGACUUCACUCUGAGCACCCUGGCCACUAACCUGCUGGGUCAGACCCGGACUGACCCGCUGACGGGUGGGGGUGCCCCGGGGGUUGGUGACGGCCUGGCGGGGUGCUUUUCCUCCGCUGAGGGGGUCCUGCGGCUGCUGCGACACGGGGAGAGUGAUGCCUGGCUGGCCCUGGGUAUCAUGUUCCACUUGUCAGUCCUUCCCCUGACCAAGCAGUUGUCCGUGUUGUCGGGUCAGUUGUGGAGUCGCACUCUGGCGGGCCAGCGGGCCCAGCGCAUUGAGAUGCUGCUGCUGCAUGAGUUCCACGGCCGCAAGUUCAUCACGCCCGACAAACAGACGUACAAGGACAAGCAGCGGAAGCAGCAGGCGGAGGCGGAUGAGUACGACGAUGCCGGCGGCGACGAUGACGGCGAGGACGAUGCCGGCGGAGGCAAGAAGGGCAAGAAGGGCAAGAAAGGCUCCGCAUCCGCAGCUGCCGCCAAAUCCAACGGGCCCAAGUACAGCGGUGGUCUGGUUCUGGAGCCGAAGAAGGGUUUGUACGACAAGAUUGUCAUCAUUCUGGACUUCAACUCACUGUACCCCUCCAUCAUCCAGGAGUACAACAUCUGCUUCACCACCGUCUCUCGUCCCCAGGACGGCUCCCUGCCCGCCCUGCCCAACCCCGCCACGGCCGCCAAGGGCCUGGCGCCCCUGCCCGCGGUGCUGCAGUCGCUGGUCAACCGCCGUAAGCAAGUGAAGGCGGCCAUGUCUUCAGAGCGGAACCCGCUGACUCGCCAACAGCUGCAAGUGCGCCAGCAGGCCAUCAAGCUGACGGCCAACUCCAUGUACGGCUGUCUUGGUUUCGGCGCCAGUCGCUUUUACGCGCAGCCGCUUGCUGAGCUGAUCACGGCUCAGGGCAGAUCCAUUUUGUCGAGUACGGUGGAUCUUGUGCAGGGAAGCAUCGGCGCGGAGGUUAUUUACGGCGACACGGACUCCAUCAUGGUUGCCACUCACAGCGACAGUGUGGAGGAGGCGCGGGAGCUGGGGGCCAAAAUCAAAAAGGAGGUGAACAAGAGAUACAAGUUGCUGGAGAUCGAGCUGGACGGCAUCUUCCGGUCCAUCUUGCUUCUGAAGAAGAAGAAGUACGCGGCCAUGAAGCUGGAGCUGGAGCCGGGGGGCAAGGUGGUGCAGGUGAUGGAGCAGAAGGGUCUGGACAUUGUCCGUCGCGACUGGUGUCCGCUGUCCAAGGACGAGGGCAACUUCGCGCUAUCCGCCAUCCUCAGCGGCGGCAACCGCGAGGAGGUGGUGGCGGAGAUACACAACCACCUGAGGCAGACAGCGGAGAAGCUCAGGGCGGGGCAGGGUGAGACGGUGCCGUACAUCAUUUGUGUCGAGCGCAAACGUGACGAUGCAACGGCCGCUGCCGCCACCGCCGACGGCCCAGCGGCAGCCGAGGGUGCCCCCGCCCCCGCCGCCGCCAACCCUGCCCCCGCUACUACCGGCGGCAACGGCACCAGCGCUGCCAAUGGCGGCGGCACUGGCUGCAGUGGCAGUCUUGCUGAGCGGGCUCGCCACCUCGAGGAGUUACGAGACAACCCCUCCCUGGAGGUGGAUGUGGAGUACUACCUGGCUCAGCAGAUACACCCUGUCGUAUCCCGGCUGGUCAGCCACAUUGAAGGCACUGAUGCCGCCCACAUAGCGGACUGCCUGGGGCUGGACCCGACAAAGUACCGGGGCACCUCUGGUGCUGGUGGCUCGGGUGGUUUCGGAGGUGGUGGUGAUGAGGACUCCGGGUUGAUGGUGGGUUCAUCCAUGGGGACACUCAUGGACGAGGAGGAUAACUUCAGGUCCUGCUCCCCGCUGAUGCUCAACAGCCCCAACGGCUCCUCCUUCCCCCUGCGGGGUGUGGAUGCGGUGCUGCGGGGGGAGGUACUCCCCGACCACCUGCUCACCCCCCUGGACGCCCUGGGGGAUGACACGGCCAGAGUGGGGCUGGCGGGGCUGGUCAACCAGGUGCUGCUUCGCGCCCAUGAGGCUGUAGCUCGCUACUACGACGGAGUGCUACGUCCGGAUGAUGAGACGGCGGAGGUGGCGGGGGGCUGCAGGGCCGCUGUGCUCCGGGUGCCGGGGGGCGGCAGUGGGGGCACGGCGCUGUGUCACUACUACCGGCUGCUGCACGUGGAGGGGGCUGUACGGAGGCAGUACUGCCGUAUUCGGGCAGCAGAUCCCAAGUCGCAAAUCGCAAUGGAGGACCUGCGCGCCCUGAUCCCGGAGCCCCUCAGUCGCACUCUGGCCAGUGCGGCUGAAGCUGUGGACAGCAUCCGCCGCUGCAGUCACUGGCACUGGGUAGAUCUGGGCAAGUUGUUCGGGUGCCUGGAGGGUGCAGCACCAGCGGCGAGGGCGGCAGCCACGGACCAACACCAGCAGCACCAACACCAGUCACUGCUGGCGGGUGCAGCAGCCGCGGGUGGGGGAGUGGGGGUUGGGGUGAUAAACCUGGGCUCGGUACGGGGUAUGGUCGCGUGA